AUGAGAUGCAUCUUGUUAUCAACGUCACAUGUUUGCAAGUGCAUGCAUCCCUCUAUUAAAUUAUGGAACUCGGGCACGCGCGGGAAGAAUGGGCGAAUAGGUGCGCGUGGGAGCAGUUAUGUGUUUGGUGGGGACCGCGUGAGGAGCAACAUCUUUCGGGUUGUGUGGAUAUUGUUGCAGCUUUUCCUCCAGGUCGAAAUGGGAGGUUUACAUUACGUCUGUGUUCUGGCUUGCACUUUUUUCGUUUCUCAAGCAAAUGGACUCAAAAGUAAGAAACGUUUUGGUUGCUUUUUAGGUCUCAGCUUUACCCAUCAAUCAGGUUUGUGGUAUAGGAUGCUUGGAUGCAGAUUAAGCAUAAUUUGUUGGCAAAUGAAGAACUACAAUUAUAUAGGGAUUAUUGUUAGCCUACAUUCUUGUUGAUAAUUCUUAUUCGGGUCGUUGUAUAUUUUUCCCUUUUAGCCUCUAAAGGUUUAUUAAUGCAAUCAGUCAACUCUUUCAAAUGACUAGACUAUAUGUCGAAAUAAUGUCACAUGGCAUUGACAUUAAUUUGUAUUUUUCUACGUUUACCCCUAUGGUUUACAAAUUACGUUUUACAAGUAAAAAUGAACGCUCCAGACUCCUUUAAUUGUUUUCAUCUGACCAUUACAUUUAUUGGUAUUUUUCUCCGUUUACCCCUGUGGUUUACAAAUUACAUUUUACAAUUAAAAAUGAACGCCCCGAACGUUCCUUUAAUUGUUUUCAUCUGACCUUGGUAUCUCCUUAAGAAUGUCAGAGGUGCGCGAGCUGUUAUUGAGUUGCCAGUGUCCGCUUGCUUGUGCUGUCAGUCACAGUCCCAUGAGCGCAAUUAUGCCAUUUACGCGCGUGCACUAGUAGAUGCGUCUUGUGAAUAUGGUUUCCUGGAUAUGUUUUCCAACGGUUACUGUGUCGGACUAUUAUUCAGUAUACAAAACCACUUUGAACUAAAUCUAUUGCAGUCUAUGUCCAGAAUAUUACCGUUUAUUAUGGUUAGGGAAAUAGGCUGGUUUCAACGGAUUAAUACGAUAAGCUUACAUUAGGCAGCAUUUUCCAAUAUACGUUUGUAAAAGCACAAUUUUUGUCUAUAAGUCUCAAAACAAACAUUUACUCUCUCUCAGCUUACCGGGACAUGUUCCCUCAUAAGCAUUCGGUAUCGAUGAAGUUUCCACCUAUCCCCGGUUGGAUCCCAGACAGUAACCCGUGGGAUGACUAUCUUUACCCACCCUUCGGUCCCAAGGAACUAACGCGGAGGAAGGGUGAGCACCACCACUGACUUUGUCAAAUUAUACAGGGAAAGUUUAUAACGUUCCUCCUUUAAAACAUUUAGCUAUCCACUAUUUUCACACACCUAUCCAGGUAAGACCGUCAAAGUGCGCCUGACCAGUGACAGUCCUGCGAUCAUUGGCUCGAUGGUGUCAUUUACGGCCAAGCUAGAGUACCCACCGUGUCAGAAGGAGGACGCCAAUUGGGAGCUUGUGUGGGAUGAGCAUUGUCCAGAUGGUAUGGAGCUGGAGGCCUCAGGUGCUUCCCACAAACCACUCUACAUUCACACACACAUUUGCACACACACACACUUUACAACACCACAAAAAGUACAAUAUCUGAUAACUUCAGCAUUGACUGUAACUCUCCCCUCCCCUGGUCAGCUAAUGGUCAGCUGAAGCCUGGCUAUGUGUUUAACUGGACCUCCUGGCUGGAUGACUAUGGCUUUGGAAAGUGUACUGACCUGAAGAGA